CGAACUCCGCACUGCCGCCUGCCCCGCAGCUUCCCGGGGGCUGGGGACGCGAGGGUCGGCAGAGCGGAGCGGCGGAGGGGACCGGGCUGGGCAGCCCGCGGAGCCGGCGGCGAGGGGCGCAGCCUGCCGUGCCCCUCAGUCCCCCCGCGGGAGGCUGGAGGGAAGUGGAGCUCUUUCUGUUGUCCCAGCUGUGAAGAUCUCCCACCAGGAGCAUUUCUGAGGUCUGUGGCGAGGGGUCCAGAGGAAGAACAUGAACGACGAGAGCCUUGGGGCUGCUUUUGUGAGAGUUGUAUCACAGAAUGGAUCAGCUUGGAAGGGCCCUCAGAGCUCAUCUGCUCCAACCUCCCCACCAUGGGCAGGGACACUUCUCAACUAGCCUCAGCUGCUCAAAGACUCAUCCAACUUGGCCUUGAAGACCCCUAGGGAAGAAGCAGCCACAGCCACCCUGGGCAGCCUGUUCCAGAGUCUCAGCACCUCCUGCUGAAGGCUGUGGGGGUGAGCUCUGAGGAACCAUCUCUUUCCACACUGUAUCCAGCCCCUGACAUCCUGUGACCCUGCUUCCCCAGAGGUGUUCCUUUUGUCACCUUUUAUUCCAGACAGCAGCAAAGCCAGCGCAGGGCCAGCCCAGGCCACCAGCUGCAGCAUGGCUGUCACCGCACACCCAGGCGCUCCUCCUGCUCCAGCAGCAGCGCAGCCUCGCUGCAGGCAUCACCCUUGCAGCAUCAGAAGGUACAAGACAGCCCAAAACAGCUGAGACCAACCACUGCAUUUGGCUUACUCAGACCAUUAGAUCAUCCUCUUCUACUCAAGCUUUAAACCUCAAGCCAGGAGGAUUAUCCUGCUUUAGAGCUACAAAAUCCCAGCAGAAGUUACAACAUUUUAAGUUGAGCACACAUGGCAUUGCAAGAAGGCAACGCUGCCCACUGUUGUGAUGGCUUCCCAGCGCCUGACUGACCGCAGAGAACAUCUCCAUGCCUGUCGCCCAAGAAAGCUUUCCCACCACUGCUCCAUCAUGUGGCAUCCAGUCUGGUGGACACCAUGUGCCCCGUGGUCACCCAAGCACUUAAAGCUGGUCACUGUCUCCAUCCUGGCACUCCUGGUACUGCUCAGCUUUGCUUCAGGACAGAGCAGGCCAUUUAAACACCAAAUCGACAACAGAAGUCCUGAGAUCGAUCCCUUCUGGUACGUGGGCCGAGGCGUCCGCCCCAUCGGCCGCUUUGGCAAGAGGCAGCUGAGCAGCAGCCGUGGCAGCCUGAGGCCCAGGAGCAGACACCUGGAUUUCACCCUGAAUGCUUUAUGGCAGCAGCAAGUGUCGGACACAGAAGACUGGUGACCUCUGCUCCCCGAGCUGGUGCCUCAGCCUCGCUUCUUUGAGUCACACCUCAGAGCUCCAGCUCUGCUUUGGCCCAGCCACCGCACACUGCUCUUCUUUCUGCUCCUCAUGCCAGCUCCUCCAUGCAGAAACACGUGCAGCUAAGACACUGCAUGGACACCAGCACCCAGUGCCACCAUAGCUUACAUCCUCACCAGCCUCCUGAGGCUGCUGCACUCUAACACUAAGUUCGCCCCAACCCCAUGCAGCUUUUGUGCUGGGAUUUAACCUCCACAGCGUGAAGUGUGCCAUGAAGCCUUCCUGCCACGUGGCAAAGCCAGUGGCUGUUGGUGUGCCAAAAUAAAAAGCAGUGGUUGGAAGAAAGCACAAAGGCUCUGGCUGUUGCUGUACCUGCUGCUGGCACGGGAUGCUGGCACUCCCUGGGUAGUAGUUUGUUUACAGCUGGUUGACAUCCACUGACAGGAACGCAGCCCUGAGCUACUCCCUUGCCCUUCAAGACUCUUCAUGCACUGCUGGGGAGAUGUGUGAAUGACCAGGAAGGAGCUGCUAGCAAAGAGAAGCCAUUGCUCACUGCUGAAGGAAAAAGAACAUUCUAGAUUGGUUAAUUAAACUCUUCAGAGUAGUUUUGUGUCUGCUGCAUCUAGUUGUGCACUGCAAGGAUGAAGGGCCCAAGCCAGCUGGUUGCCUUGAGAGGGUUGCAGCUUCCUAAGUACCUGCUCAAGCCAGAGUUCCUCUGUGAGGAU